GCUAAAAGCAGACCUAGGGUUUUCGUAUCCGUUCCAGUCACGGACGACUUCUCCGUUCUCUGAACUCUCCUAAAGCCUCUAUAUUCAUCGGAUUGUUCAUCUCCAGUAAACCAAUCUCCAGUUUGGUGAAUUUGUAAGAAUGAGUAAACGAAAACGUCCGGAUCCGAAAUCAUCGGGAGGUGAUCUAAACGAGCCACACGAGAAGAAGCUUCUGGAUCUGAUUCGAAUAAACCAAGGAAGAGGCGCAACUAUGUUCGAAUUGAAACGCGAGAAAACGAUCCCAGCAACUAUAGUUACUCGAUUGAUCGCUUCUCUACGGAAGAAGAAUCUCAUCAAAGAAGUAGCAAACAUGAACAACAAAGGUGUCAAACAUUAUCUUGCAAUGGAGUUUGAGCCUUGUAGUGAACUUACUGGUGGUGAAUGGUACACUGAUGGAGCUCUUGACCUGUCGAAAAUCGAAGAUUUGAAAGCCAAGUGUGUGAUGAUUUUGGAGAGGCAUAGGCAGAGGGUUGUUACUUUGGAGGUUUUGUGUGGGUAUUUUGUUAAAGAGGAGAAGCUGAGUGUUGAUCAGACUAAGGAGAUACUUAAGAACUUGAUUUUGGAUAAUUUGAUCAUGGAGGUGAAGAGUAAUGGAAUGAAUGAGUUUGCUUCUACGAGAAUCGGAGAAGUUUGCUACAGGUUGACCGGGAAAAAGUUCGGUAAUGGCGAACCGAGAGCUGGAGCUUUUGCUUCGAUUCCUUGCGGGGUUUGUCCGCAUAUAGCGAUCUGUUCACCUGAUGGUGUUAUCUCUCCCACUACAUGUGUUUAUUUUCAGAAAUGGUUAGACUUUUAGCACUCUCUUUUUUUUUUUUUUUUUGGGUUUAAAACUUAAGAUUUUAGAUUAUGAUGAUUUGUUUUUUCGGUUAUACAAUAGAGAAUAAUGCUAUUGAUAUCUUUAAAUUAAGAGUCAAGGUUGUGAUUUGAAAGAGUAGAUGUCGGAGAAGAAGAUGGAAGAAGCUGAUCUGUUUCUUUGCGACAAGCUU